CAUUUAUAGACCCGAAUUCACUGGGUGUACAAUGCAGUCCUAUGUGCUGCAUCAAGUUCAAUAUGACUGAUGAAAUGGCAUCAAUCAACUUUGCAAUAACCAUCGGUAACCCAGACUCCCAGCUAGCUCUUUUCUUAAGGAAGAAGAAGAAACCAACAUUUACCGAGUAUGACAGCCUGGUGAACCUUAACAGCGUGGAAAGUGUGAAGAAUGUAUCUGAGGUGCUUUUGGAACCUUAUGACCUUUAUGGCAACGAUACCAACAUCUAUACGUUUCUGCAGUAUGAAAUCUUCACACCACUUGAGUUUGAGAACGAGUCUUACAACUACUUUGCAUGUGUUGCCGAGUUUGGCAACAAUACCGAAACUGAGAUAUUUUGGGAAGAACCAGAUAGUUAUAACUUAACAGAGGCCAACAUGACAGGUGCCUGGACUACCAACUAUACCUUUAUGAGCUACACAUCAUCAUGCCUUUUCUACAGUGACGCCAUUAACUCUUGGCAAAUUGAUGGCUGCAGGAACCCCGCUGUUGUCGUGGAACCUGCUGCUGUCGAGAACCUGCUGCUGUUGCGACCCUCUGCAAUAGUGAACCCCUGGCAAUAUCGAGAACCUGCUGCUGUCGACCCCAAUGCUGUCAUGUACCCUGCUGCUGUCGUGGACCCUGUUGCUGUCGACCCUGCUGCUGUGGUAGAACCUGCUGCUGUCAUGGACCCUGCUAACGUCGUGAAACCCGCCAAGCUCAGCGGGAACCUGCUGCUGUCGGACCCCACUGGCGUCGUGUGGACCCUGCCAGCUGUCGUGGACCCUGUUGCAUUUUGGACCCUGUUGCUGUCGUGGACCCUGCUGCUUCAGAACCUGCUGCUGUCGGGACCUGCUGCUGUCAGACCCUGCUGCGUCAGAGAACCUGCUGCUCUUCGGAGCAGAGAAAUCGAUCUGUAG